AUGUCUAUGCGAGAUGUGAAAUUGUGUUUGUUAGGGGAUUCUGGUGUUGGAAAAUCUAGCUUGGUUAUGAGAUUUGUCACAGAUUCUUUUAAACCAGCUUUAGAAAGUACCAUUGGAGCAUCGUUUAUGACUAAAACUGUAGAAGUAGAUGGUAAUACGUACAAAUUUCAGAUAUGGGAUACAGCAGGACAAGAGAAGUAUCGAGCUCUAGCACCUAUGUACUAUCGUGGUGCAGCUGCAGCAAUAAUAGCUUAUGAUGUGACAAGAGAGUCAUCUUUUAAAUCAGUGAAAAGUUGGGUACAAGAGUUAAGACAUCAAGGUCAUCCUAAUAUAGUUUUAGCUAUUGCUGGUAAUAAAUGUGAUUUAGAAGAUCUCAGAGAAGUUAGGUUAAAAGAUGCAGAAGAUUAUGCUAAACAAAUUGAUGCAUUAUUUUGUGAGACAAGUGCUCUAACUGCUGUUAAUGUGGCAGAUAUUUUCACUAAAAUAUGUAAAAAAUUACCAAGUGAAGAUUUUUCCUCUUCUCGUGUUGGAAGUACUGUUAAUUUACGAAAGAAAAGAGAUGUUAAGAAAGAAAAGAAAUGUUGUGGAGGAAGUCCAUCUUGAUGGCAGCUAAUAUUGUAGAGAUUAUAAAUGUUUAUAUUUAACACAUUGUCAACAAUUUUUGAGAAUACUUUUAGAUAGUUAUUGUACACUGCAAAUUGUCAAUAUUUGUGUAAAAUGGAAAUUUACUUAUAUAAGGUAUAGGUAUAAUGAUAUAUGCUUUUAUAAGAUGUAAUUUUAGACUGUUUUGUUAUUCAAUUCAUUAGAUGUAGUUUUAGUUUUUUUUUGUAGAAAGUCAAUACUCAGUCAAUGUCUUGGCUUUAUUGAAAUGUUUUACAAAAAAUACAAUGAAAACUUAAGGAAUACCUGAACAGGUUUUAAUGGUACAUUGUCAUGUUACAUCUUAUUAGUCAUAUUUUGUCAAAAUUAGAUCUACAAAUUUCUUUUUUAUUUAAUCAUUCUUUAGGCACUAUUCAAUAGGAAUAAAUGUUAUAGAAUAAGAUUUUAUUGUGCUAACCUUUCAGAUUAAUGGUUUUAAGAAUGUGGUCUUUCUGUAUCUGUGUUAAAUGUUAGUUUAGGACUGAAAAACAUAAUAUUUUUUUGUUAUAUGGUGGUACUGUAAAACAAGAAAUUUUGCAUCAUGCUAAGAUUCCAUGUGCCCGUAAGCACAACUCAACCUCAAAAAGUGCUUCCAUGUGUAUGUAUGUGGAGAAUUGAAAGUAGGAAAUCUCUGUCAACAUAAAAAAGGAGAUCUUGUGAUAUUGAGUCAGGAAUUAAAGGAGGCAAGGAGAUAGUAUAUUGGAAAUCCCCCAACGUAAC